GGCGACAAAGCUGAUCAAUCUGUGGCACAACAACUGUUAAGUGCUAAAGGGAAGAAGAGAGGGAUACCCCGAAUAUUGGAGUUCAGGGACAGGGAAGGAUGGCCCGGGUAGCUUCACCCGUAUUUCAGCUCUUGCUUACUGUGCUGGGCACAUUAGCGCUGACAGGUGGUGAGGAAAUACGAGUUCCCCCAUCUAUUGUGUCACCAGUAGAGCCACAGCAGCUAGUUUACUCAGAAAAUAAUAGGGUGGAGGUGAAGUGUAGUGCCACUGGACAACCAGCUCCUACAUACAAGUGGACGUGGAACGGGAAUGACAUAAACAGUGAUUAUAUCACAUUCAGUACAACAACAGGAAUCCUGACAAUUCCUAGUCUCACUACAAGAGAAGAAGGCUUGUUUGUGUGUUAUGCCAAAAGUACCUUUUCUAAUGGGAUGACAGCCACUGCUGUUUCUGCAACAGUAGAAAUCCGAGUAGGCCGUGUAGAAGACUUUCUAAAAAGACCAAUUGAGCCAUACUCUGGUACUGAAGGAAACUAUGUAAGGAUUCCUUGUGACAAAAAUCUUCCAGUGUACUAUGGACCAAUCACUUUCAAGUGGUACACAGUUCUAGGUUCAAGAAAUGAUGAGGUUUUUCCAGAUGAACACAAGUUCAUUGAUCAAGGAGGUAAAUAUGUUUUUCCCAUUGCUAUUGCCAUUUACAAAAAGGAUAUUGGCUAUUGCCGUGGAUAG